UGUGUCAAAAAAUUGAAAAACCCGGGGUGUGGGUGUGGUGUUGUCUUCCUUUUUGUGCUGAUUUUUGGUUGGAAACUCACAUUUCUCUCACUACUACUUACUAAAAAUCAUAUCGUAGUCUAUCUAUAUUUCUAUAAUCUAUUAGUAUCUACCUCAGAAGUGAAAAAACACACACAACUACACAAGUAGAGAGAAGGAGGGGAGAGAAAAGAAACAAAAAAAAUGGAUUGUUUUGAAGCGUUACAUGGAGAAGCAAACCAAGAAGGGAAAAUAAAAGGAGUUAUGACACAUGGAGGUCGAUAUGUACAAUACAAUGUGCACGGCAGUUUAUUUGAAGUUUCUUCUAAAUAUGUUCCUCCUAUUCGUCCUAUUGGUCGUGGUGCUUCUGGCCUUGUUUGUGCUGCUGUGAACUCAGAUACACACUUGGAGGUUGCUAUCAAGAAAAUUGGUAAUGCAUUUGACAAUAUUGUAGAUGCAAAAAGAACACUGAGAGAGAUCAAACUACUUCGUCAUAUGGAUCAUGAAAACAUUAUUGCCAUUAAGGAUAUCAUUCGACCACCGAAGAAGGAAGCAUUUAAUGAUGUGUACAUUGUCUAUGAACUGAUGGACACUGAUCUUCAUCAGAUAAUUCGCUCUAACCAAUCAUUGACUGAUGACCAUUGCCAGUACUUUUUAUACCAGCUCCUGCGUGGAUUGAAAUAUGUACACUCUGCAAAGGUCUUGCACCGCGAUCUAAAACCCAGCAACUUACUUCUAAAUGCAAACUGUGACCUCAAGAUCGGAGACUUCGGGCUAGCUCGGACCACCACUGAGACAGAUUUUAUGACCGAGUAUGUGGUAACUCGCUGGUAUCGAGCCCCUGAGUUGCUCCUUAACUGUUCUGAAUACACGGCUGCAAUUGAUGUCUGGUCUGUUGGUUGUAUAUUUGGUGAAAUUAUGACUAGAGAACCUUUGUUCCCUGGCAAAGAUUAUGUUCACCAGCUGAGGCUUAUUACUGAGUUGAUAGGUUCACCAGAUGAUUCAAGCUUGGGGUUUCUGAGAAGUAACCACGCGAGGAGGUACGUGAAACAGCUCCCACAGUAUCCAAAGCAGCAAUUCUCAGCAAGGUUUCCUAAUAUGUCUCCAGCAGCCACUGAUCUUCUGGAGAAGAUGCUCGUAUUUGAUCCCAACAAACGCAUUACUGUGGACGAGGCACUUUGUCACCCUUACUUAUCCUCCCUUCAUGACAUCAAUGACGAGCCUAUCUGCUCCGCACCUUUCCGUGUUGAUUUCGAGCAAACAUCUUUAACAGAAGAGAAUGUGAAAGAGCUCAUCUGGAAGGAAUCAGUGAAGUUUAACCCUGAUCCAGCUCAUUAAGGUAAAAAAAAUCAAAGGACAAAUUGCUUUGCUUCUGCUACAAAAAGUUAGUCUCCUGCAGAUUUUACUCCUUGCUUAUUCCUGGAGGAGAUAGCGUCUUUUUAAGGAAAAUGAAGCUGUUUGUCAACAUUCAGCCACCCAGUUCUUUCAUUCCAGAAUGUCUGGAUUAUGGUGUAUUUAACUUUGGUCCUUUGUAAAAGAGUUAAAUGAGAUAGGAAAAUAAGGAAAAAUUGGGAGUGCUUUAUAGCUAGAAUUUUAGAGUAUGGAUAUGAUUAUAUAACCUCUUGAAAAACUUAAAUGAGUAAAUCUUAGUUUAUUUAUAUUGUAUAACUUGUGAGGAACCUCUUGAUCACUCUGUAUAUUUACUCAAGUUAAAUACAUUUCUACUUGCAUUGUCACAA